UUAAUAAAAUCAAUACAACUAGAACAUAUAAACUCCUAAAAAUUAAUUUUGGAGUAGAAAUAUUUUGCGAAGAUAAAAAAAUCAAUACUAUUGUAUAUAUUGGACAUCAAUAAUUAACAUAACUUCAUCUCUACGAAAAAAUAUUAUAAGGAAAUAAAUCUCGCACUUUGAAAGUGCGGAUCAAAAUCUGAUAAAUCAGAAUGUUUGAAUAAUUAAUGAAAUAAGAAUAAUAAUAUGAAUAUUUAUAUGAUCCAACAUCAAAUAUUAGAUAUCCCUAAUUAUUUAAUAUAAAAUGGCCUCUAAAACACUACCUUGAUCUUCUUUAGAUCAAGGCCGGCCUGGCGCCACAAAGAAACGGUCAACGUUACUUAGACCACCACCAUCGGGGGACUCUUAACCCAGUUUCAAAACAAAAGCCCAAUAAAAAUAAAUAAAAAGGAUAAAAAUGAGAGAACCGGUGUUUAAUUUGGGUCUUUUGGAGUCGGUAAGGACCCUUACGUGUCACUUGAUGAAUGGAACUCCCAUUUAUGUCUCUCUCUCUCUCUCUUUCGUCGGGGCAAGAAAGCCGAAAUCACUUCUUGUCUCUUCCUCCCCAAAUCUCGAUCACUCCUUCUCUGUCGAUUUUGAUCUCCAUCUUCGCUGGUGUCAGGAUUGUUAUUACAAAGGCGAUCCAAUCUCGAUCACUCCAUCUUCUCUGUCUGGAUUCAAAGCCGAUUAUGUUUUGUUUCACCGAAGAACCUCAAAAGAAGAAGGAAAGAUAGAGAAAGAUAGAGAAAGAGAAGAAUUCAAAGAUGAAUUCAAAGACGAUUUCUCGUUGGACCCUGUUUUAAACACAGUAGCAAGCACUUCUCUGCUUUGUGGUUCUAUGAAGCAACAUGGUUUCACUCAACUAUACAUUCGGGUUAGGUCCUCUCAAGCUGCUCAACAAAGGUUCGUGUGAGUUUUACUCUUACAAGCUUGAAUUUAGUUAGUGUAUGUUAUGGUAGUGGACAUUUAGUUUAGCUAAGACCCGUUUCUUAGUCUUGGUUCCAUUUUUUGGAAGCAGGCUCUCGUCUAAGGCCAUGUAGAGUGAAAUGGGAAGACAAUAACCACAUCACAGACAAUAACCAAACAGGAAGACAACAAGGAGGAGGUAAUUUGUUUCUUCUAGACUCUGUAUGCUAAUGUUCGGUUUAGUUUGUUUGAGUUUGACUGCAAUGUCUUGUGUGUGCUAGUCGUAUGAUAAGUAAUUAUUUGGCUUAACUUAACUUAGUUUGUCGGUUUAGUUUGUUUGAGUUUCAAUGCAAUGCAAGAUUUUAGUUGUUGAAGUAACUUAAUGCUUUGUUUGAGUUUCAAUGCAAUGCAAGUACACUUAUCUUUUAAUGCUUUGUUAGAUAGGUUGGAAAUUAAAUGGACUUUCGUCUGAUGGUAUUUGUUAGUUGUGUUGAUGUUAUUAACAUUUGGUGGUUGUGGAAUUAAAGGGACUUUAGUAUCGUUGAUGUGAUUAACAUUUGGUGGUUGUGCCAUUAAAAUCUGUCUAACUUAAACUUGCCUUUAAAAUCUGUCUAACUUGUUUAAACAAGUUAAUUCUUUCUCCUUCGCUAUUUCAUUCUCCUUUUCUAUUUCCUGCAAAUCCAUAAACAAUUUUAUGGAUUCAUAUUCUCAUUCUUCUAGCUUUAUAGACCUCUUAAACAAUCAACAACAAAACACUCAACCUAGUAUACAACUCUCUGCCUCGAAUAUCUCUGUCUUUGGUACACAAUGGACUGAAGAUGCACACUUGGAAGCUCACACUGUGGAAGACCGCAAAGAGAUACGGAAGUGGACACCAACAGAGGACGUUGUGCUUAUCAGUGCUUGGUUGAACACUUCAAAGGAUCCGGUUGUUGGUAAUGAGCAAAAAGCAAUUGCUUUUUGGAAACGAAUUGCGUCUUAUGUUGCAGCAAGUCCAAAGCUUGCUGGUUUGCAAAAGAGAGAGGCAAGUCACUGCAAACAAAGGUGGGGAAAAAUUAAUGAGGGCAUAUCUAAGUUUGUAGGUUGUUAUGAUGCUGCAACAAAAGAGAAAUCAAGUGGCCAGAAUGAGACUGAUGUGAUGAAAAUGGCUCAUGAGAUUUUCUUCAAUGAUUACAAGGUGAAGUUCACACUUGAGCAUGCAUGGUUGGAGCUUCACCAUGAUCAGAAAUGGUGUGGAGCUUCAACUACUAAAGAUAAAGUGCAGUCAAGAAGAAGGAAGCUAGAUGACCAAUCUGCUCAGUCAUCAACCUAUGUGCCAGGAGAGGAAGAUCAAUCCGCAAAGCCUGUUGGUGUUAAAGCAGCAAAGGCGGAAGCUAAAAUUUCUGUGAGCAAGCCGAUUUUGGAAGAGGAAAGAAGGGAGUUUCAGAGCAUGUGGGAGAUUAGGCAGAAGGACUUUCCUUUGAAGGAGAAGCUGAACAAGCAGAAAUUGCUUGACAGCCUAAUUGCCAAGACUGAGCCACUUAGUGAACUAGAACUUGCUUUGAAAAAUAAGCUAAUUUCAGUGUUAGUUUAUGGAUGUUUAAUGCUUAUGCUUUGUGUUUCUCUUAAUGCUUUUGGUCAGUGUCUGAUGUUUAAUGCUUAUGCUUUGUGUUUCUCGAGUCUGUAAGAUUAUGGUCUUUCUUAAUUAAUGCAAAAAUAUUAGAGUUAAUCCGCUCAGUUUUAAUGUGGUUAAAUGUUUAUUUACAUGUCUGAUUGUGUAGUUUUGGUACCAAUGCAGACAAAACCCGAGAUCACUGUCUUGUUAGAGUUGUGUCUGCUUGUGUUCCACCAUAAUUUCUUCAUUCAUGAUCACUGUCUUGUUUAUUUACAUGUCUGAUUGUUGUUGUAUUGGUGUAUCUCGUGUUGUCUUGGUCGUCUGAUGUAUCUUUUGCUCUCUUUGUUUUUAUUGCAGGUGGAAGCGUGUUGUCUUGGUCUGUGGUGGUCUGAUGUAUUGUGACAAAAGAAGAUAAUAUGUUCCUUGUGACAGAAGAAGACAAUAUGUUGUACCAAAAAACUUGUUGUAUUGUGUAUCUCGUGACAAUAUGUUGUAUUGUGUAUCUCGUGACAACUUGCUGUAUUGUGUCUCAUGUUUUCUUUAUAAGUUGUACCAAACCUUAAUGUUUUCUUUAUAAAAACAACAAUACGAGAGAGAGCAAAAGCAAAUGCAAAGCUAUUGUUACUUCUUUUUAUUUUUCUCCAAAGCUAUAAGAUUUUGUUUCUUCACAUUUUUCUUCUCAUUUCUUUCUUAGCAUUUUCUAAAUGGCAGCUUCUUCUUCAAAUAAUUUUGAAGAAAUGGAUGAUAAUUUCGACCAAAUUUUCGAUCAACAAUUCGAAAAUCCUCUCAUUCAUCAUGGUAAUCAUCAAGAAGCGGCUAAGUAAAAAAAACGAGCCUAUAUUGAAAGGCAACGUGAACAAGGGCAACAUACCCUUCUCAAAUAUUCCGACUCCGUUUUCGAAUGAACAAAUCCUUGUUCAUGCGUAUUGUUGAUCAACUCUCCGCUGAAAUCUCAUACUUUCAACAAAGAAGAGAUACUACUGGAAGGUUCAGUCACUCUCUGUUACAAAAGGCAACGGUAGCAAUUCAUAUGAUGGCAUAUGGUUGCCCAACUGAUGCGGUUGAUGAGUACCUCCGACUUGGUGAGACCACCACGCUUUUAUGCUUGGAACAUUUUGUUGAAGGAAUCAUAAAUUUAUUUGGAUAUGAGUAUCUAAGAAGACCACACCAGAAGAUCUUCAACGACUAUUCGAUAUUGGAGAGAUACGCGGAUUUCUGGGGAUGAUAAGAAGCAUUGAUUGUAUGCAUUGGGAGUGAAAGAAUUGUCCGACCGCAUGGAAAGGUCAAUAUACACGUGGAUCAGGAAAGCCAACAAUUGUUUUAGAGGUUGUAGUUUCACAUGAUCUCUGGAUAUUGCAUGCGUUUUUUGGACCUCCAAAUACAUUAAACGAUAUCAAUAUUCUUGAUCGAUCACUAGUUUUUUAUGAUAUAUUACAAAGUCGAGCUCCAAAAGUGAAUUACAUUGUCAACGGAUACGAGUACCAUUUGGCUUACUAUCUCACAUAUGAUAUUUAUCCAAAAUGGGCUACUUUUGUCCAAUCUAUUCCACUUCCACAAGGUCUGAAAGCAUCCUUAUUUGCUACAUAUCAAGAAGGUGUACGUAAAGAUGUCGAGCGUGCUUUUGGGGUCUUGCAAACUCGAUUUGCCAUGGUAAAAAAUCCAGCUCUUUUGUGGGAUAAAAUAAAAAUUGGAAAGAUAAUGAGAGCAUGUAUCAUUCUGCAUAAUAUGAUAGUAGAAGACGAACGAGAUGGGUACACUCAGUUUCAUGUAUCAAUUUUCGCACAACUGGAAUCAAACCAAAGUUCACAAGUAUAUUUCACGUAUUCUACAUAUAUGCCUUCAAAUCUCGGCAAUAUGAUGAGCAUUCGGAAUCGAGUUUGUGAUAAAACAAUACAUCAACAAUUGAAAGAUGAUUUGAUUGAGAAUAUAUGGCAAAAAUUUGGAACAAAUCAAGAUUUCAACUAAUCAGCUUUUUCUCGUUUACGAUUUGUAUUUGUAUUUUUAAUAUGCUCUUAUGUCAUUUUUAUUAAAAAAAUUUAUGUAUGUUUUUCUUUAAUGUUAUGAUAUCCAAUCAUUCAACUUAAAAAAAAUCAUUUAAUGUUAUGAUAUCCAAUUAUUCAACUUAAAAAAAAAAUCCUUUAAUGUUAUGAUAUUCAAUCAUUCAACUUAAAAAAAAAAAUUCUUUAAUGUUAUGAUAUCCAAUCAUUCAACUUAAAAAAAAAAAAAUCUUUAAUGUUAUCAUAACCAAUCAUUCAACUUUAAAAAAAAAAAAUUUAAGAACUUCAAUGAGGUUUUGUUUUCUCAUUGGACAAUGAAAAACUUAUCAAAUCACAAAAUUAACUACAAUUUAUUUAUUAGAACUCAAAAAGUUCUCUAACCAAUGGAGAUGGUCUUAGAACACUAAAUGAUCUUCGAAGAUUCUUUGACUCUCAAGUGCAAAAUGGGUUCGAACAGAGGUUAAAAGAUAUAUAUAUAGCAAGGCAUAUUUAUGAAACUUUCUUGUCAGCAUUAGGAGGGGCCGGUUAGCAGGGGUGUCAAAAUGAUCUAUAACUUAUGAUCUGGCUCAGCUCAGCUCGUUUUUUCAUGAGCACGAUCUCUAUAUUUUAAGCUCAUUUAAUAAAUUAGUUUAAUGAUCAAGCUUAAAUUAGAUCACGAAUUAUAUGAACGAUCUUUAAUGAACAUGAGCUGACUCAUGAGUUUGUUCAUUUUUUAUUUACAAUAAUAUAUAAUAUAUUUUAUAUAUUAUAUUUGGAUAAUUUCUAUUUUUUUAUGUAAAAUAGAGAUAAUUUCUAUAUUUAUUAUAUUUAUCUUCUAAAAUUAAAAUGUCAAACCAAAUCUUCUUAAAAGAUAAUAUCUAUAUUAAUCAUAGUUAUCUUCUAAAAUUAAAAUGUAAAACAUACAUAUAAGACAUUGAAGAUGAAUUGGCUCAAAACUCUCACGAAGAAUAGGGUGCACUAAGAUACAUUAAGAUAUUCAAUAGGGUCCCUUUAAGCUUGGAGUUAACCAAUAUUAGAUCACGAGUUAUAUGAACGAUCUUUAAUGAACAUGGGCUGACUCAUGAGUUUGUUCAUUUUUUAUUUACAAUAAUAUAUAAUAUAUUUUAUAUAUUAUAUUUGGAUAAUUUCUAUUUUUUUAUGUAAAAUAGAGAUAAUUUCUAUAUUUAUUAUAUUUAUCUUCUAAAAUUAAAAUGUCAAACCAAAUCUUCUU